CACCAAAACGCCUCGAGUUCCAGUUGACUCAGAAAUCAUUAAUAAUAAUUAUGGCUCUACGUGUGGCGAAGCUCCUCCUGAACCGAUCAACAACCAAAAGAACCAUGUCACUCAGCUCCGUUCUAAGCAAGCAGAAAAAAGUGAUUUUCCCAGAUCCCAUCGACCACGCAACCGGUCCAGAAAAGCGCGAAAUGUUGGCACUAGUUGCCGGAAACGACAAUUUGUGGGACAUGAAGAAGAUGCGAAGGGGCGCCGGUACCCGGACUCAGCCUAACGAGAUACCGUCAGCGUACGAGUGCCGGAUGGUCGGGUGCGUAUGCGAGGACGAGUCGUGCAGCAUCAACUACAUGUGGCUGUACAAGGGCCACCCGAAGCGGUGCGAGUGCGGACACUGGUUCCAACUCGUACAGAAAGCACCAGUGUAAUAAUUAUUAUUGUUUAUGUUCUAUAGUGGAAUGAAUUAAUUGUUAAUUUGUUACUUUUGUUUUAUUUGGAAUAAUAAUAAUUAGCCUUUACUACAUA